CGCCAUGAGCGGAGGGACCCCCUACAUCGGCAGCAAGAUCAGCCUCAUCUCCAAGGCGGAGAUCCGCUACGAGGGCAUCCUCUACACCAUCGACACCGAGAACUCCACUGUGGCCCUCGCCAAAGUUCGUUCCUUUGGUACAGAAGACAGACCAACAGAUCGACCAAUACCACCUCGUGAUGAAGUUUUUGAAUACAUUAUCUUCCGUGGUAGUGACAUUAAAGACCUCACCGUUUGUGAACCACCAAAACCACAGUGCUCUUUGCCUCAGGACCCAGCUAUUGUUCAGUCUUCACUAGGAUCAUCUACUUCUUCAUUCCAGUCAGUGGGUUCCUAUGGUCCUUUUGGUAGGAUGCCAGCAUAUAGUCAGUUCAGCCCAAGUCCAUUAGUCGGGCAGCAGUUUGGUGCUGUUGGUGUUGCUGGUAGCUCCCUGACAUCUUUUGGGACAGAAACAACAGCCAGUGCUGCCUUAUCACAGAGCAGUGCAGUCGGGUCUGCCUUUACACAGGAUUCAAGGUCUUCAAAAACACAGCCAUCUCAAGGUCGUUCAAGCCCUCAGUUAGACCCUUUGAGAAAAAGCCCAACCAUGGAACAAGCAGUACAGACCGCCUCGGCCCACUUACCUGCUCCAGCACCUGUUGGGAGAAGGAGCCCUGUAUCAGCCAGACCUUUGCCAUCUACCAGCCAAAAAGCAAUAGAGAAUCAAGAGCACAGGCGAGCUGAAGCACACAAAAUUUCCAGACCAGAAAAUGAACAAAUCAGAAAUGAAAACAAGAGACAAGCAGUUCCAGGUGGCCCUUCAGCACCUCGAAGAGGACGGGGUGGUGGUCAUAGAGGUGGCAGAGGAAGAUUUGGGAUUCGGCGGGAUGGCCCAAUGAAGUUUGAGAAAGAUUUUGACUUUGAAAGUGCUAAUGCGCAAUUCAACAAGGAGGAAAUUGACAGGGAAUUUCAUAAUAAACUUAAAUUAAAAGAAGAUAAACUUGAGAAACAGGAGAAGCCCGUAAAUGGUGAAGAUAAAGGUGAUUCAGGGGUAGACACCCAAAACAGUGAAGGAAAUGCUGAUGAAGAGGAUCCACUUGGACCUAAUUGCUAUUAUGAUAAAACUAAAUCCUUCUUCGAUAACAUCUCCUGUGAUGAUAAUAGAGAAAGAAGACCAACUUGGGCAGAGGAAAGAAGACUAAAUGCUGAAACAUUUGGAAUUCCCCUCCGUCCAAAUCGUGGCCGUGGAGGUUACCGAGGUAGAGGAGGAAUUGGUUUCCGUGGUGGCAGAGGUCGUGGGGGUGGAAGAGGUGGUAGCUUUGCCACUCCUCGAGGAUUUCGUGGUGGAUUCAGAGGUGGCCGAGGGGGCAGGGAGUUUGCAGAUUUUGAAUAUAGGAAAGACAACAAAGUUGCUGCAUAGUCUACGGAAAAGUCUUGGAACUAGGUGAAUGUCUAUCUAGGUCUUCAUGGUCCAGAGAAUUAGCUUCAAUCCUUGAAAAGAAUGAAGAAGUGAAUUUGCUGUAUACUUGUCACCAGCACUGGGGUUUCACUGCUUAAUUUCAAAGGGUAUAAUGCAGUUUCUUUUUGAAAAAAAAAAUGGCCAUCUUCAGAAAUGUUGAGCAUUAAAUAUAUUUGGAAUAGCAGAAGGAUAAGUAAUUUCUUAUGUAUAGUUAAACACAAACUAAAACAGUACUUGGGUGGAACUUAUAAGUAUUUUUUCAUCACUGAGAGGAUUUUUCUUAUCACUAAAUUGUAUUUGAUAAUUACUGCAAGUUACCUGCAGAUGGGGCCGUGAUACUGUGAGUGUUUUGAGCCACAGAAAGUUGUUUUUUGGGAAAUCCUGUAAUAUCCCUUUUGAGGUAGCUUAUUUCGUCAACUAAUUAGGGUGCUGGAUGGUAGAGAAUUUUCUUUGUCAGUCAACUAUGUACACACAGUAAAUACUGUUUCUUAGGCAAAGGUACCUUUUUUAUAUAGUUGUAAAAUUCCAUUAUAUCCCAUUGCCAAAGAAACAUUAAGAACUUUGUAUAGCUGUAUAAAAAGCAACUAAUUUUUUAAAGAAUAAACAUUUUUAAGUCAGCAAAUAUACUGUGUUAUUGCAAAAGUUGAUAUGCUGAGGAACAGUUAAUAGUUGGUUUUUUUCUUAGCUUUUCAGGCUUUAAAUUUGUUUGAUUUUUAUAUUUGGAAUAUAAAUGAAGAUUUGGUAUGUUCUUCCAUUAUAUAAAAAGAGGAUAAAUUCUUCAUUUUCACUUGCAAGAACUUCAUUUUGUAGCUUAUGGCAUAUCACAGGAUUUGUCCAAAUAAAGAAGAUCUUUAAGAUAUAAGGACAUGAAUAAUCAUAGAUCAGAAUGCACUUAGCUUUACUUGCUGAUAAAUAAUAACUUUUUUAGAAAAUACUAGGCAUCAGUUAAUAUGUUCUUUCUGAUAUGCCUGGGCUUUAAAAAAGUCUGUCAGUUCUUAAAAUUGUCUUUGUUGUGAUACUUGUAGACCCAUUCCAUUGGAUUGAAAGAACAUUCUGAGUGUUCAAAGUUACUGCAUUUUGAUAGCCCUUAGGACAUUACAGUACUAGACCAGGGAACCUCAAGCAACUCAGUAUGGAGUUCAUUGCCAAUUAAAAAUUACUAAUAAAUCUUUUUGAUAUGUUUAAGUUAUAAUGGAAAAAAUUAAAUCUGGCCAUUCAGGUGUUUUUAUGGAGGCCACAGGAAUAAAGGGAUCCAAAGAUUAAAAUGUUUUUAUCUAAUUUACUGAUUUUGUUAACUUUAUCCUCAAAAUGUUCAGUAGUGAUAAAGAAGUGGAGAACUGCACUGUAGGAAAGAGAAUGGGAGUAUUUAAAGGUGGUUGAUAUUCUUAUCUUAAUUUUAAUUUUAUAUCUUUUGUAUAGCACUACAAAGGAAGUAUUUUGUAAUUUGGUUUCCUUAUUAAGGUCCAGUAUUUGGCAGCCGUAGUUGAGAUAAUAUUGUUUAGUACUGUUUGUUUGCAUGUUACCAACACAACCUUUUUGAGGACCCAUAAAUCAUGACACUGAACAACUUUUGGGGGGUUUUGAACAUAAAGACAAGUGCUGUACUGUUGCAAUAACUAUGUAGACUGUCUGAGAUGUCCCAGGCUUAUUUAAACAAGAGAAAUUGUAAAUAAUACCAGUGAUACAUGCUGUGAAGGUAUGAAUUGAGGUGCGUCUCCCUAGCCUUUUGGGUAAAUGAAUGGGGUAUUUUGUACCCUAAUAACUGGCAGCAUGGCAUACCUGCAGUGUACCUUGCAACAUUAAAGCAAGGUUUUUAAGGCAGAAUAAAACUGUUGAAUAAAAAAAAAA